GUAAAAGUAAAACUCCAGAUAUGGGAUACGGCUGGUCAGGAGCGGUUCCGUAGUAUUACUCAGAGCUAUUACCGGUCGGCCCACUGUCUAAUGUUGGUCUACGAUAUCAGUUCCCAACCAUCGUUUGAUUCGCUGCACCAAUGGUGUCGAGAUAUGGAACAGUACGCCGGGGCGACGGGCAAUGGUAACCGAUCGGUGCUGAAAGUGUUGGUGGGAAACAAGUGCGACAAAGACCGUGAGAUACCUGAGCACAUCGCCGAGCAGUUUGCCGUCAGCAACGAGUUUGACCUAUUCAUGGAGACGUCGGCCCUCCAGGCGGACAACGUUGAGAAACUUUUCUACGAGAUCGCCGACGUGUGUGUCCAACGCCGACAGUUGGCCGGCAGUAAUGGUGGCCACGAGUCCGGCUCCGCCGCCGGUGUGGCCGUCGGUCAAGACAAUCAAAAGUCCGGUCAGUCGUCCUGUUUUUCCGGCUGUUAUUCCGGCUGAGAGUUGAGAGCACCCGACUGUACGGAUGGACUGACCCAACGGCCAGACAUGUAGUCUUGUAUAUUAAAAUGAUUGCUGAAUUGUGUAUAAAUUUUUUUAUUAAGGUUAUAAUGAUUUGCAUUUUUUAAU